CAUAUCGGCUGAGACUGCUAGUCAGUGCGUGUUGGAUUGGUGUUUACAGACAGUCUAAACUACAGGUCCAGAAUAGUUCACCGAGUUUAUAGAAUCGAAGUGUCCAGUCCCUUCAGAUGUUAUUCGGGGGGUUGGUGGGGACUCCACAAGGGUCUGGUCAAUUGGGUCGACUCCGGACACCUUUUCCAAUGUGCGUAAAACGGUUUUAUCUACUCGUCCUCUUUUCCGGACUAGCAACUUCAGGCAUGUUACCGGUCAGUGGGAUGAGGGUGUACACGUCGGGGGAGGUGGAGGCGGUGAACGGCACAGAUGUGCGGCUGAAAUGUAACUUCCAGAGCAGCUCGCCCAUCACCCCAGCAACGCUCACGGUCUCAUGGAGCUUCCGCCCCCUCGAACCUGGCCGCGAGGAGUCAGUGUUCUACUACCAUGAGAGGCCUUACCCUCCCCCAGAAGGGCGUUUCCAUAAGCGGGCGACAUGGGCGGGUGAUAUCAUGGGGCAGGACGCCUCCAUCGUGGUGCGUGAGGUCAAGUUCUCCUACAACGGGACGUUCAGCUGCCAGGUGAAGAACCCUCCGGACGUCCACGGCAACGCGGGGGAGGUGAAACUAACCGUGGUCACCACAGCCUCCUUCUCUGAGAUUGUCAUUCUGGCUGCAGCCAUCGGGGGCGCCAUCAUGCUGAUGGUCAUCCUCCUCGUCGUCAUCAUGUCAAUAAGGCAAUGUUUCAAGAAGAGACAGGAGGAGUGGGUGGAGGAACUGCCUCGCAGAGAGAGAAAGGACCCUACAGUGUGCCACCCUGCAAGGGCCAUCCACCUGUAUAUGGACGAUGACGUGCUAGAGGUUGACAGCUCAGACGGUAUGAUCUCUGAGGCCAGCACUAAGGACCCCAGUUCCUCUGAGGAAGACGACAGGAGCUCUGACUACGACGGAGGGGAUGACUCUGACUGAGAUAGGGACAGUGGCACCACAGGAGGCUGGGGGCACCUUAAUUGGGGAGGACGGGC